AUUAAAACAGUUUUCCUUAUUCAUCUUAACUCGAUUGAGAGGGUCAUCCAAGGGUGUAGCUUCCUUUAGACAUUAUAUGACCAUGUCUUUACAGUUUUUGUUAUGAGAUGAAAUAAUGACAAAAAUGCAACAAGAACAAAUAUGUAAUUGAACUUUUAUGAUAAUAAGGAGUUACAAAACGACACAAAUGUAUAAUUUGUAUUGACUUUUUUGAUCGCACAAAAUUAAAUGGUGUUUACUGAUAAUUGUAAAUAAUAUACAGUGGCAUUUGAAAUGGACAAAGUCGUGGCGUAGUUGUAAAGAGCGGUGUUAACACACAGACGUUCGUUCUUUAUGGCGAAAAGUCCCGAAUUUUUUUAGAAAAAGGGUAAAAUAUUCAUAUAAGCAGAAAUGUAAGUUGAUAUUAUUUUCAGAAUUUUUGGUGUAGGGUAAAAUACACAAUAACAUAUGUCUGUAUGUUUUCCCUUAUAUAUACUGUUAGUGUGCAAAUCGUAAACAGUAGCGUAAUGUUGCGCAGUCAUUCAAGUAUUCCCAUACUGUUUUAAAUCCAUGCUACGCCCUGCUACUCAUAUUCUUGUAAAUGGAUUAUGUUUAGAUGUGUCGCGUAACUAAAGCCGUCACAGUUAUUGUUUAGAGGGUGUUACACUUGAAAUAGUUGCUCGCGGACGUUGGGAUAUUGCAUGUCGUUUCGAGCUUCAUAAAUAUCAAGUAACACAUAAUAUGAAACAAGCACAGCUUGGACAAGAUUACACAUCGAUAGCCAUAGAGCUUUUCAACAUUGAAAUCUGAAAACAAUACAGAUAGUUUUAAUGCGAAAUGACGUGUUGCAAGAUAAGAUUACAUUGGCGGAAUACAUCAUCAAGCAAUAUUUAAACAACUAUUGAAAACAUUUAAUAUUCAUUAAAACAAAUUCACCGGUAUUAUGAAUUCGGGAACAUAAUUAAACUAAUAUAAUGUUUUUCUCCCUUUUUUUAAACUGAUGAUGCACCGUUACUCAUCGAAGAGUUUCGAGCUUUCGGUUACGUACUUAUAAUAAUGUGGUGUACUAUAAGUGCAGCUCGGAACACGUGAGUCAUGGAAACGGAAUUGUCUGUGCCAAGUGUGUUUAAAAUCCCAGCAAAUUAUUUAUAAAUUGUUAACCAGCAUGGAUGUAGCUUCAGUUUUAGCAUUGUCUAGGUCGUUUAAAAAUAACAUUUUGGACGACGAUGAUGACAGCAUUGGAGAUUACGUAGAUGACGAAACUGGUGUCACCAACAAAGACAAAGAUUUUGACUGGAAUCUGUUUUCUCGUACUGGACAUAUAUCAUUAGAUGAACCUUUUACAUCGGGUAUAAACGGAAAGCCAAAUUAUAGCACCAUCCAAGAUUCAGCGGUAACUGGUGCAACAUAUAUAAGUGCUCAAUCACAAGAGGGAGACCCAAAUAUUCAAACAACUGAAAUUCGUCAAGACCACGGAACUUGUAAUGCACAUAAUGUUAUGAAAAGUAGUCAUAAAAAGAGAGAUGUGAAAACAAAAACAACACUUACCCCAAAACGGUCGGAUGGAAAUACGUCGUUCUCAAAAACAACAAAAACCGAUGCACAUUCCGGUUUAUCGAGAGAUUUUAAGUGGGUUCUCACAGAUGACGACAUACAUGAGUUGAGAGCCUAUACAGGUCGUCCACCGCAUGCUAAGCAGAAUCGAAUGGUCCUUUCCUGGGACCGAGAUAUUCCAUCUGAUCUCUCAAAUUUUAAAUUACCUCCAUUGGACGAAGCAUCGAUGAUUCGACCGCAAUCGACGUUCAAAACGCCUUUGUUUGUGCCGUUAUUCCUUGUCGCUAAACUUGUGAAUGCCGAAGACACAGAUGACGUUAUUCGAGGUAUCAUAAAGAGCGUCGGUUUAACCGAAUACGUUCCAUGUAUGCAGUGUUACGGUAGCAGCGCCCAUAACAACCUUUCUGCAGACGGAUGGAAUCGAGAGGUUACACAAAAUGGCAAAUGCCAACGAUGUAGAGGUUCGUUGCUGUCAUCCUUAGCUGUAUUCAAAUCAUUAAUACGCCUUAAAAAGAUAUUCCAAGACGACAACUUGAUCGUGGAAGACGUCCGUAACGACGGCAACUGUCUAUUUGCGGCGGUGGUGGAUCAGUUGAGAACACAGGGCAAUGCAGAACACGACAUCUACAGUCUCCGGAAGGCCUCCGUAGAGUACUUACGAACUCAUCCUUAUGCGAGUGAUGGGACUCGACUUGAUGCCUUUCUCGUGGACGAAACGUUGGAACAUUAUCUUCUGCGCAUGUGUAGGGAUGGCGAAUGGGGCGAUCACAUGAUCUUGAACGCUAUUGCAGAGAUUCUUCAAAUGAACAUCAUCAUCUAUGGUGGAAUUGCCGAACAACAAACAACUCGUAUCGUACCAAAAUCUUGCCCAGAUGAGGCGAUCAAAGGUGAUGUCCGUAUUGCUCAUCUGCUCGAAUCCCACUAUGUGAGUCUCCGAGCGCAAGACUGGAUGCAGAAACUGGAUUCACAAAAUGGCGACAACCGUGAAAUCACGCAUGACGUCCCGAAGGAAAAGACCAACUUCUCAAUCAUGCAUUUUGAUAUGAUCGUGAGCAUGCUUAUACAGUGCGAGUAUUUGCAAAGUUUGACGCCAACCCAGGCGCAGCGAUUGAAACCUCCUUACCAAAUAAAUAAGGACGCCUACAUACAAAUUGUCGGGGACUUCAUUUCUGAGGUAAUGACGGUGCCAUAUGUAGCGUCUAUGUUUGAAGGAACGUCUAUCAGUCAUUUCUUCUCAAAUUACCACGAUAGAGCUGACGAAAAGAUUAUGCCGAUUUUCUAUAUUCCUCACGACACACUUGCUCAGUUUAAUCACCUUGAAGCGAACAGAAAAGGUGUGGUCAUUACCGGUGAUGCAUCCCAAAGUCGAAUACAGUUGAGACCAAUACACCUUUCCUUAUGGAAAUGCCUCCUAAGGAAAUCUCAAGAAGUUGCAUACAUAAAGACUUUCGAGCUUUCCGUUGAUGUUUUGCAUGAAGCGUACAAGUCACUGAUUGUCUCGGUAUGUCGCAACGCCGGAUUGAAAGCAACGUGCAUCAUAGCCUUUAAUUGUGAAUGGCCCGAAUGCGCCCUAGAAUGGGUUUCCAGGAGCAGACCAAGUAAUUUUCCCAGCGACAAGAUUAUCAAUAGCAUUUACAGUAAUGGCUGUAAUGUGGUACCGUAUUUAAGCCAGCCGGUUAACAACGAACUCCUCGGUGAUUGUUUAUCAGAGUCAAAACAUGAUAGUGACACCCACUGGUGUAUUUCAUUUGCUAUUUCAGAACGUGUUCUUUUCCAGGUUUUGUCACGGGAACACAAAUGUUGUUUUAUGAUAUUCAGAACAAUUGUGGAACAGGCAAUCCAUCGACAUAACUUGCCAUCAUCAAUCACAAAGAGCGUAUUCUUUUAUGCAUGUGAGAACCUUCCGGAAACAUACUGGAACAUGAAAGCAGGGCAAUGUUUGCUGAUGUUGCUGAGAAAUAUAGCAAACGCAUUCAGCGUUGGAAUGUUAGCUCAUUAUUUUAUUUCUACGAGAAACAUGUUACACGGUCUUUCAUUGCCUGUUCUACAAGAGUGUGCACUGGAACUAAACAAAUGUUGGACUUGUCCAAUAGCAGCUUUAGAUCAUGCUCUGGAGACGCUAAACAUAAAAAGUUCAGAUUUUCAACCGGUACUGGAUAUGAUACUUGAUGACAUACCAGAGUUUAUUGCUCGUCCAGACGCCGCAAGAUCGUUUGUGAACUGCUUUUACCCGUCGCAUGGAUACCUUAUCCAAAUGAUGGUAACAGAUCGGAAGUACGAACAGGCGGUCUCAAUGCUACAAGCUGUAAAAAUGCAUUUUGAAAAUGUCUUUGCAAGACCAACGGACAUACAUUCGUUAUUCAAAUCUGUUCUUAGCGGAACAGACAUGUGUACAAAAUGGGUGUUUGCAUUUUUCACGGAUCUUCGAUUAGGAACGCGGAUUGCAGCCAGUAUAUGCAGUGAUCAGGCAUCGCUCCAUAUAUCAGAGGUAUUCGGACCAAGAGCGACAGAGCUACUGAUAGAUACCCAUAUACCGGAAGACGCAGGAAUUGAGAAUGGCAAUUUGCUCUAUGCUGAAGAAGUCUCAAAUGUUUUGAGGCAACUAAAGAAAGACAACGCGUUCAUUGUCGCACUUACGUACUAUUUGGAGCGCUAUAGCGAGCAUGCCGGUGACAGUUUGGUGAUACCAGCAAGAGGCGAUUAUGCUCUCAGUAAUACUACAAUGUCGAGUGGCAUGGUGCCACUGGUGCAUUCAGGAAAAACGAUCUAUGUGCCUGCGUACAUAGUAAAAACUCUUAUCUUCAGAGUGGAUCUAUUACAUGUCGAUCUAUAUAAUCGUUGUUUAGCAGUCCGCAUGCUGGAUGAAUACCGACCCUUGUUUCCCACCUACCAAGCUAUAGCUAAGCUUGGAUUGAGUGACAUGGCUACCCGAAAUGAACAGGUUAUGGGACUCACUUUGGGGAAAGAUGAGUUAUUUUCGUCCAGACUAAUGGAGCCCCAUUUCAUCGACCAGUAUAUGGACGGCCGCGAACUCAAUGACAUUAUUGUCUAACUAAAUGAUAGAAUAGACAACACUAUGUUACGCGAUAACCAAAGAGAGGUGCUGCGAUUUAUUUUUAACAUUGAGAGCAUUUUGUAUAGAUAGCGUGCCAUCUCUUAUAUCCAUAUAAUGUGAUUUAUCAAACAUUAAUCAUUACUUCUAUUGUUGAAUACGAAUGGUAUGCUAAUUUAAUUAAUCUUACUGAAACUUUCGUUACAGUUACCACUUUAUUUCUGAAGGAAGUGCGUGCAUCAGCACGGGAUAUUUACCGUUUGUGUAUGCUAUAUAAUACUGCUAGUUAAUCGUUUAAGUACAUGUCCAAUUACCUAUGAGAAUGUAUGUUUGCCUUGCAAACUGCACAAUAUUGUAUCUUUUUACCACUGUUAUAGAAAACAACCGCCCAUGACUUUGCCAUAUGAUCUUCUGUCUUGUAUUAAAUUCGUUACUUUAUUAUUAUAAUGUUUAUAUCCUACUAAAAUAAAACAAGUUUCUAUA